CAGGGCUGGAGGCCCUUCCCGGCUCCUUCCCAGCUCCUUCCUGCAGGGACGGAUCCCGCAAUCGCGGCUCUGCGGUGACACCGGGGGACAACGCGGGGGUCCCCGCAGCCCCCGGGAUGGAGGAGCGGAGGAGGAAGCGCAGCCCCAGGACCUGCCUGGCCCAGCCGGCGCCCCCCGGGGCCCCUCGCCCGCUGCCCCCCAGCAAGAGCACGACCUUCGCGCUGCCGCUGCCCACCCUGCCCUCGCCCCGGCAGCGCGCCCGGCUCCGCAGGACCAGCAAGGAGCGGGCGCGGGCGGGCGCGGGGGGGUCCCGGGGGGCCCCGCUCCAGCACAGCUUCCUCACGGACGUGUCCGACGUGUGCGAGAUGGAGGGGGGGCUGCUCAGCCUCCUCAGCGACUUCCACUCGGGAAAACUGCAGGCGUUCGGUGUCUUUUUUCCCUUUUCCUUCCCCUCUACCAUAUCUCCUCCCCCCCUCCCCAUUUCCAUCCCUCCCCUGUCUCCCCUCUGGCAGCCCACGCCGGGGCAGCCCUUGGAUCCCCAGGAGACCAGCACCAAAAACCCUCUGGAGGAACCUGAACCCCCUGAACCAGAUGGGACCCCCCCAGCCCCCCUGCAGGGCAGGACAGCCCCGACCCCCACGGGCCCAGACAACACCCUGAGCCCCCCAAAUGUGGGGGUUGAGGGUGACAAAGGCACGGAAAAGGAGAGCGAGGAGUGGGACAAUGACAGCGGCGAGACCUCGGUGUGGGACAGCUCCGACCUGGGCACGGAGACCCUCGGAGCCCAGCGGGAAAUCCCUCUGGGAGGCCUUCCCCAAACCCGCUCCGGGCUCCAGGCCUACAGGACCCACCUGCUCAUGGAGCUCAUGUGGCUGCAACAGGCCAUUGCCAGCAGGAAAAAUUUCUUGAUGCUGAAGCGGAAGCUGGGGAUUCCUGACUCCUUGGAAGGCAUUCCCAACCCCCUGGAUUGGUGUGGGGAAGCCGUGGAGCUGCAGCACCACGGGUGACCUCAGGGGAGCUCCAGCUCCGUGGGUUGAUGGUUUUAACUUCAGCAGAACGUGGCAAGAAAACCUCUUAGUUCUUGUAGGUGUGAAUGUUUGGUCAGAGCAGGAUUAAACACUGUGGAGCCAGGGAGGUUGUGGUGUGUGCUGGAGGGAUUCCAAGUGAGGAUCCUUCCACAAGGACCCCAUUCCCGUUGGCUGAGCUGGGUGAUCCGGGGGGAGAAAUGGAAGAUGGGAAGAUUUUUCACUUACAGAAGGUGCUUUUGGAGUGAAAUGCCUGAAGGCAGCAGGUGCUGGGACCUGCAGGAACAGCCUGUUCCCCUCUGAACCGUGUGGGAAUCUGAGCUGUGUGUUUGGGAGGGCUCUGCACUUCACACCUCUGCAAUAUCCAGGAUCUCCAAGUGCCCGCAGUGGAUUUUGGGAACACUGGACCAGUGCCUCAGGGAGGUUGGGAGGUGCUCUAUUUGUUCCUGUAGCUCAGGAACAUUCCAGCUCCCUGGAAAAGGGACUUUCAACGUGGUGCUGUGGUUCCCCCCCUGUGAUCCCCCUCUGCAUUCCUGCUGCCUGAACAGCCUCUGUUGACAGGUGGCAGAUGGAUCCCUCUGUUCCAGAAUAGAUCCCCACUUGUUUGUGAAUAAAAAGCUUUCCUAAUGCUCCUC